AGUAGGAGUGGACACGUCCGUCACCGGUCUGUAUAUCCGCUUUUCUAUGUCAAUUCACCAUUGAAAUACCAGUAAUGGUGAUUGCACCCUUCCGUGAUAAUUAACGUGGAAAGUAGAUGUAACGGAACACGCACCAGCUCCUUGACCGGCUGCAAAAGUUCUGGAAUUGUGAGCGGCGCUGUGCCCAGCACAUCUGGUACCUGCUAGGGCGAAGUGAGCAGCUACUAUGGAAAGGGUGCAUCUUCUAUUUUGACUUUGUGGUGCCCCAUUUAAGGGGGGCAGUAGCAGCACUCAGGCCAGUGGUGGUCAUCUGGCACGAGGCGAUGGAGGGAAAAGACGCACCAGAUGUUGCACCGAUCUUUGUCCAGCCCCUCGAGGCUGUGCGAGAUGCUGAAUAGAUCAUCAGCUGGCUGGACAACUGCUCUGUGCAGAAAAGGAUGCUGCGCACCAGCCGGCGCAUCAACAUCCGCAGCGGCGGCCGGGUGUGGCAGGUGGUGCGCGAGCAGUACCUGCGCGACGACAUCGCCUGUCAGAGUCCGCUCUGCUUCGAGGGCUGCGCGGCCGGCGCCGGCCCGACCCUGCCCCGCCACGCCACCUGCUACCUGGUGCCCACCGACCAGGUGGUGCGCCACUUCCUGGACGUGCUCCAGCUGCCUGAGAUCACCGGCAUCGUGUUCACGCAGACGGCGCUCGGUCAGGUGUCUGGACCCGCCGGGAAGCAGGUGCAGCGGCGAGUAAGAAAUAUCAUCAAAACAGCGGAGAAGGAAAGCGUCUUCUUCGCCAACGAGUUCAGCUCCGGGGCCUGGACCAAACAGAAGUCUGACGAGACAUUUGCAGAAUGGCAGUUACGGCUGCAGUACGACGCGGCCGUGUGGUACUACCGCCACCUGGGCGGCCAGGUGGCGGUGGUGGUGCUGUGCGGGGACGCUGGGUUCGCGCACCGCUUCGGCCACCGGCAGCCGGGCGUGUUUGUGCAGACGACCGACCAGUACCUGGCCGGCUUUUGGCCGAACCUGCGCGCCGCGCGCGACAUCCUCGACAGCGUGCAGGCCAUGCUGGACUCGGCCGGCGCGGAGAGCGAGGGGUGCGGCGGCUCUGCCGGCUCGACCGACUACCUGCCGGCGGCGGCGUUGCAGUCGGGCCUCAGCUCUGGUCACAUGGUGCGCGGCCAUCUGACCGUCAACAAGCACCAGCCGCAGAUGGAGGCGUUCGUCAGGAGCGCCAGCGCCGGCGCGCGGAGGGACGCCAGCCUCUCGGACGUGCUGGUCCAGGGUGCGGCCGACCGCAACCGGGCCGUUCACGGAGACGAGGUGGUGGCCGGCGAGCCGGUGCCGACCGGCCGCGUGGUGGGCGUGCUGCUCCGCGGCUGGGGCGAGUACGUGGCCACCCUGCAGCUGGACGAGGAACAGGAGGGCGGCGGCGGCGGCAGCAGCCGGGCUGGCUGGCACCUGGUGGUGCCGUUUGACCGGCGCGUUCCCAAGAUCCGGAUCCAGACCCGGCAGGCGGACACGCUGAAGACGCAGAGGUUUGUGGUACGCAUCGACUCGUGGCCAGUGAGCUCCCGGUACCCGCAGGGCCACUUCGUGCGGGUGUUGGGGCCGAUCGGCGACCUGGAGACCGAGAUCCAGGUCAUCCUCACGCAGAACGACAUCAGCCCGCGGCCGUUCUCGCAGGCCGUACUGUCGGAGAUGCCGUCGGCGGCCGACUGGAGCCCGUUGCCGGCCGAGGUGGCCCGCCGUCGUGACCUGCGGGACACCCACCUCGUGUUCAGCGUUGACCCGCCCGGCUGCGAGGACGUGGACGACACCAUGUCGGUCAGACGGUUGCCGUCCGGCCGUCUGGAGGUGGGCGUGCACAUCGCCGACGUGACGCAGUUCGUGGCGGCCGGCUCGGCGACCGACCAGGAGGCGCGCCGUCGGGGUACCACCGUCUACCUGGCCGACCGGCGCUUCGACAUGCUGCCGGCCGUGCUGAGCGGCGACCUGUGCUCGCUGCUGGGCGGCCGCGACAGGUACGCCGUGAGCGUCAUCUGGGAGCUGGACCCGGACUCGUUCCAAGUGCACGGAGUCUGGUACGGCCGCUCUCUCAUCCGCUCGCGCUACAAGAUGUUCUACGAGGCGGCGCAGCGGCUGGUGGACGGCACGCCGCCGGUGCGCCUCGUGUCGGACGUGCCUGAGUGGCGUGGCCUGGACGCCGAGACGCUCCAGCAGAGGUACCGGGAGCUGCGGGACGCCCUGGCGACGCUGACCCGGCUGACCCACCACCUGCGCCACGGCCGCCAGCAGGAGGGCGCCCUGGAGCUCGAGUCAUCAGAGGUGCAGUUUGAGUUCGACGAGGGCGGUGCCAACCGCAUCCAGCCCAAGCAGGCGCUGGAGAUCCACGAGACUGUGGCCGAGAUGAUGAUCUUCGCCAACCACUGGGUGGCGCAGAAGAUCGCGCAGACGUUCCCGCAGCGCGCCCUGCUCAGACGUCACGGCGCGGCGCGGCCGGACCAGUGGGAGCCGCUGCAGCGCUGCGCCGCCACCAAGGGCUGGACGGUCCGCGUCGGCUCCAACCGACAGGUGGCCGACUCCCUGGACGCCUGCGUCGACCCGCACGACCCGCUGGUCAACACGCUGCUGCGGCUGCUAGCCACGCGCGCCAUGGUCAACGCCGAGUACUUCUCCACCGGUUCGGCGACGCCCGAGGACUGGGGUCACUACGGCCUGGCGCUGGACCGCUACACGCACUUCACCUCGCCCAUCCGCCGCUACGCCGAUGUCAUCGUGCACCGGCUGCUGCUCGCCGCCGUCGCGGCAGAGGGCAGCAUUGAGCAGCCGGCAGGCGGCGCCACCGAGCAGUUCUCCGACUCCGAGCUACAAGAGGUCGCCGACCACCUCAACGACCGAAACCGGGCGGCGCAGCACUGCCAGAUGGACUCGCAGGUGCUCUUCCAGACCAUGUACUUCGUGCGCCGGCCGGCCGACGACCCGGGCAACUUCGUGGACGCCAUGAUCUUCUCCCUGCGGGAGAACGGCUUUCUCGUGCACAUACCGGCCUACGCUCUGCGAGGCCCCGUAUACCUGCAGCAGAAGGACGGCCAGGUGGCCUGGGUCGGAGAUGAGAAGGUCAGCUGGGAGUCGGAGUCGCGGGUCCAGUGGCUGAACGGUGAUGUCAUCCAGAACGAUAGUGACGUCACUGUGCGGACCGAGCUUGGCGAGCAGGUGUACCGCCUGCUGGACCACGUGACAGUGCACAUCCGCGUGCUCGAGUCGUCGGCGCACGCGCACCAGCUGCGCUUUGACCUCAUCACCAACGAGCCGUACUGGGCGAGCUUCCGCGAGGCGGCGCUGGCGUCGGCCGGCGACCGCAGCGCGCGCCAGCUGGUGCAGGAGGUGACAGCGAGCCAGGCGGCGCGGCCUGCCGAACAGGAGCAGGAGACGCCCGACGAGCUCUGGUCGGCCCGUGGCACCAGCCUGUACGCCGUCCUGCAGCGGCACCGCCAGCGCAGCCGAGACCUGAAGCUCGCCCCAGCUACACACCGGAGCUGACCGCCCGGCGAGUUCUGGCCGGUGCGCGACACCAGCCUGUGCGCCGUGCUGCAGCGGCACUGCCAGCGCAGCCGAGACCUGAAGCUCGCCCCAGCUACACACCGGAGCUGACCGCCCGGCGAGCUCUGGCCGGCGCGCGACACCAGCCUGUGCGCCGUGCUGCAGCGGCACUGCCAGCGCAGCCGAGACCUGAAGCUCGCCCCAGCUACACACCGGAGCUGACCGCCCGCUGACUUGGUCGGCCAGCUGACUGGCAGCCGGACUGCCGCACACCGCGAGCAGGUUGCCGCGCGCGGGGGUCACCAGCCUGCUGGCUCGGGGUGACGGACCGGUGGCGUAGAGCGACAGCCGGUGGACAGGGACCAGCGACCUCCAGAACGGACGAGUGGUCUGGGGACCUGCGGCCAGCGGGCUGGAAUCGUCGCCGACGUACUGAACUGAACCCGGCGGAUGGCUGUGACGAAUCGCCGUGGAGAGUGCUGCGGUCUCCCAAAAGCGAUGCGAACAAAAGCGCGCCGCGGCGGCAGCGGGAACGCAAUGCCCGUGUGGGUGCUGGGAGAACGUGGUGGCACCUUAGUCACGAGCUCGUAGACGCGUUUCGUCAAUCCUUUUAUGAUGAUAAUGUUUUUUUUAAAUUUAUUCCGAGUGGUUUGCAUGGGUGGCUUUGGGUUCAGAGUACUUGCUAAGCAUGGCUUGUGGCAUGUGCCCUGAGCUCACCACCCAAGUCUUGCCGUCCAGUACGACGGAUAAUGCUACCUCCUGCCUUUCGCCAGAAAGGAGUGCGGAGGGUUUUACGUGCCGCGCAAUGCUGCGGUACGGCCGCCCCGGGCCAGGGCUGACCCUCGCUGGCCAGUUGCCAGCUGAUCUUUCAGUUUCAGUCGGACUAAACAAUACGCCAGCCCUGGGACUCGUAACCAGUGCCGUCGGAUUCCGCGCCAGCAUCUUUCCCCGAGACUAUGGACACGGCAAGUAACAAAUGCAUUUAUAUCGUGAUCAUGCUGUCCGUGCCACCAGGGGCUGAUAAGGAAGGAGAAAUGCAAAUUGGCGCUUGAAGUACGUUCUCAAGCCUGAAGUUUGCUUUGUUAAAUCUGAAGUUUACGUGGACGGCUCUUUUAUUUAAGCGGAGUGUUGUGUUAAGUCUCCUUCCUUCAAGUUUUAAGUUUGUUCUGAACUUUGCUGAGACGGCCUCUAUAUGAUGAUGGGGUGCUGGGCGGGGUCCCAUCCCUCAUAAUGGGUUAAGUUGCAGUGCUGCCCGAUCACGAAACGGGGAUCUUCAGACCUGCCUCGCGUCCAUGUCGAGGGCCGUGCGUCAACCGUUGGCUUUGAACGCUGAAAUAACUCGGCAUGGGUCAGGGCAAUGAGAUAGUAUCUUCCACUGCUUUCUCAGAGUCGCUGCCAAAGCCGGGCGCCGAUUUCUAGCAAUCUGUAUAUUGUUCCGCUCCGUGACGUCUAACCCUGAACGCAUGACGAAACGAAACGCCACCUCCUGCAGUUACAAAUACGGCCCCGUACUGGCGGGCACUGUCUGCGGCCCCGCGGCACCACUGCCAGUCCUAUCAAUAUCACAGAUCACGAACACGAGACACUUCCGGGGAAGGCGCUCAGAAGAGGGGGGGGGGGGGGGGCUGCGGCGGAGGACGGAGCGGUCAAAACCCGCUCCG